GUUCCUGUGAGACUAGCCACACUGACUUCGGAGACGUUGCUGCCCCAUCCUCACUUGACUCCUACAUCUUGUCCAUCGUAUUCUGUUCUUAUCAUGUUUGGUCUGCGCACAGUCUUACCUGGAGCACGUUCCUUGGUUGCUUCAACCAAGGCAACACCAUGCAAUACCUUCCACACAUCAACCGCUGUUUUGGCUAAAGCUCGACGAUCAAGGAAGGACAUUGCCAUUCAGACCCGGAAGGCUAACCUAAAGAAACAGGAAGAUAAACAUCGUGAAUUUGAAGAAUCAACACCAGACUAUAUCAUUGGAAAGGAAACAGAGUUCACGCGCUCGCUUCUUCAGCCUCAGACUCUGUUCCAAGCUCCUCUCGCUUCUAUCAAACCUCCCACGACUACUGAUACCGAGUCUGACAGCACAUCAUCAUCAUCAUCAACAUCAUCCUCAAGAUCCAACUUUUCUUUUUCAGCCUCACCAUUAUCAUCCUCCAUCUUUUCAUCAUCUAGGGCGCCCUUGGUAGUUUCGACAUCUGAACCUUCUGGAUACCAACAUUUCUUAACUAAUCAGGAAGCAGAAUUGAUCUUCGAUAAGGUCCCCCAUAUCCACCUGGAAGAACUCAUGAACCGCUCCACACUUGUCAGUGACAAGCUUCAGCUCCCUAUUGAGAAACAGAAGGCAGAAUUGGUCCGCCGCAUCAUUGCCCUUGAGAAUGGAAAUGCAAAACAGAUCAUAUUGGAAAACAUCAGGAGAGCCAAGGAAGCAUUCCAACGCUUUGAAGGUGACACUGGAAGCCCUGAAGUUCAAGCUGCCAUUAUGACUGUCAGGAUUCAAAACUUGAACAACCACGUCCUCAAUAAUAAGAAGGAUAAACACAACUAUCGUCGUUUGCGCAUGUUGGUCCAUCAACGUCAGACUGUCCUUAAAUAUCUCAAGAAAUCCAACCCAGAUCGCUACCAUACAUGUCUUGAUCGCUUAGGAUUGGAACCUCGUGCCAUUGAAGACGAGAUCGUUAUUUGAACCUUCCCUUUUUCUUUUAUUUUGCCUGCAGUUUAGCUUUGACGUGAGAAAGCGGAUAGCAUGCUUAGUUAGUUUGUAGUUGUUUUUUAUUUUCCUUCUUGCUUGCAAUUAACUAUGUCAUUAAAAGAAACCAAUAGACC